AUGUCUGACGCUCACCCCGACACCUCCGACGACCGCACCAUGCUCGCCUGCAAGGCCUGCCGCGCAUCCAUCGUCUCCCGCAGCUCCGUCAUUACCGAGGACGGAUUUCGCGGCUACCACGGCAAGGCCGCGCUCGUCACCGACGCCCCAAACACAUCCCCCGCCGCGCCCUCGAUCAUGCUCAUGGACACCGGCGCACACACCAUCGCCGAGCUCGCCUGCGCGUCCUGCGCGGCCUACCUCGGCUGGCGCGUCCUCCGCGCGCACGAGCUCUCCGAGAAGUGGAAGGAGGGCCGCUGCAUCCUCGAGCUCGCCCUCCUCGCGCCGCUCCCCCUCCGCCCGCUCCCGACGCCCAUCCCACGACCGUCCUCGGCGCCCUCAGCAACGACGCUCGCUCCGCCGCCUGCAUCCUCACCCACGCAGCACUCACCACCAUCCCUGGUGGACACCCCAGAGCCCUUGGCGUUACCUGUGCCGUCACCGUCACCGUCACCGCCACCGACGCAGGAGCGGGAGUGGGCACACAAAGCGAGGAUCGCAAACGCGAUGCCGGUGCUGGGCCACCGCCGCACUGCGACAGACCCGCACGCACUGCGUGGCCGCCCGCACGGCCCGCGCAGUAUCACGCCGAGCCUCCGGCGGGCAGACCGGACGCUCUCCGUGGUCUCAUAA